CAAGCGCCACGCUAUUUUCCUCUUCAACGAUCCUCUUCAAAGACACAAUACCUAGCCUAUAAGCGAAAAGUCUGUCUUCCUAUUACAUUUACAUCAUCCGCCAUGUCGACGACCUCAAUUCCAUCCAUGCCUCUGGUCUUCUAUGACAUCACCAUGCGUCCCCCCGUCGAGAAAAACUGCUGCUCACCAAACCCCUGGAAAACCCGACUGGCACUCAACUUCAAAGGUCUCCCGUACUCAACCUCAUGGGUCGCUUUACCCGACGUUGCAAAAGUCCGCAGGAGUCUCAAAGUACCAGCCUGUCGCAAAUUUGCCGAUGGCACCGACUUCUUUACCCUGCCUAUCAUCGAGGAUCCCGCCACUGGUUCGUUAGUCGGCGACUCCUUCGAUAUCGCAGUCUACCUACAGAAGACGUAUCCGAACUCGGGCGCCGGCGACCUUUUCCCGCCUCAGAUGCUCGACUAUGUCUUCACGCAGGAUCUUGCAUCACUUAUACCGCUAUCGGAGUGUAGCGAGAGUCAAUUUCCUGAAUACGCCAAGUUCAAUGUGAACGUCGACGCGGCCUUCACCGCACAUGUACAGCUCACGCUUCAGGGUUUUCCGUUCGAUCCAGCUACUGCCGAGAUUAGUAAGGCGGAAUUCGUCCGGCGCGCGGGUGUUACGUGCUGGGAGGACUUCGCAUUGGUUGGCGAGGACCGAGAGAAGACGAAGAAUUCGUUCCGGGAUAUGCUGGGUGGUCUGGCUAAGCUAUUCUUGAGAGACACUAGUGGGCCCUUUCUCCUCGGAACAAGGGCUAGCUAUGCUGACUUGAUCGUCGGUGGGUGGCUGCGGAUGAUGCGCGCGACUCUACCAGAGAGCGAAUGGGAGGAGGUGAGAAGUUGGCAUGGUGGACUUUUCGGGCGGUUGCAUGAUGCGUUGGAGGUAUAUGCGGAGGUGAAAUAGGGUCCUUUGCCACGUGGGAAUCCUAUGUCGCCCGACUUAAGGCAAUUGAUUCAUACCAAUUUUGAUGUGCUAGAC